GGUUGCGUCAUGCUUCCUUCCUCUUUGGAAAAUCAUUCGCGGCGCAACACGGGCAGAGUGGACAUGUUGAUCACGACCGACCAACCAUGCACUUGACCUCGCCGACGACGUCUGUACAACUUUCGACACCUUGAAUCAUCUAUCAUACGCCAUGCCUCCGAAAGGAUCACGCGUCGUGCACCACGACAACGACUCGAGAUCCGACGGCUCGAGUUCAAAGACCAACAACAUAGCAAAGAACAAGCGGCCGAAUGGCACGAGCAACCUCAGGGAUGCAAAGAACGUGAGCGACACGACUGCUGCACAGAACACGACGUCUAGCAAUGGAUUCACAUGGGGGCAAGAAGAUCUGUCUCUACUACAGCAGUACCGCGCCGCACAUCGCAUGGACACACCAUCAGCCUUCAACUCGAUACGUAACCAGUUCCUUCUGAGUAAUCCUGGCAUCGGCAGACAGUCUCCCACCAUGGCAAGACGCAAGACAAAGAAAAAGGUGCCCAAAGAACAACUCGCCAUGGCAGUGAGGAAGAACUUCAACGACGCUGCCGUCAAUGAGAUAGACGUCAUGGUCGAUCUGCUUUACAAAGUCCGCAAUCAGGGUACGUCCAAUGAUAAGUGCUGCAUGUGCGCAUCCAAUGCUGACGCAAAUGCUUCCUAGACAAGGCCUUCCGACUUCGAUCAGCGCCCACCAAGAACAGCAAGUGAAGAAAGACAUGGCGCAUCAGACAGCAUAUGGGAGGAAAACGGCGUCCAUUGGGUAUACCACACAUGACAGAGUGAGUGAACAUGGCCAGGCGGCAUCAUCGUCAUCGUCCUCGGGAGUUUGGGAGUCAAUUUCUUUUGCUUGUGUAGUAGGUCAAGGGCAAGAUAGCGGGACAACAGUAAGUAGUGGUUGCAUGUUGACAGCC